AUGAAGAUUUUAGGGGGAGAUUUGGAGCAAAGUGCUGGGCAAGUGGUUUUAGAUCCUAAUGAGCGGAUUGGUAAACUACGUCAAGAUCAAUUUGCAUUUGAAGACAUGCGUGUCUUGGAUGUGGUGAUGAUGGGGCAUGUUGAAAUGUGGGCUGCUGCUGCGGAAAGGGAUGCGAUCUAUGCCAAUGCUGAUGCUUCAGAAGAAGAUUACAUGCUAGCUGCCGAGCUUGAAGCCAAAUAUGCCGAAUAUGGUGGCUAUGAAGCUGAAAGUAAGGCUGGAGAGCUACUGAUAGGGGUGGGUAUACCGACGUUUUAUUGUUAG